CCUUACCCCCGACCGUGAUUCGGACAAACAUUGUGAUUAAUACAGAGAGAAUGACUGUGGAAUCUGCAAACGCGUCUUCUAAUUCUCUAAAAAAACCUUUAAUUUUAACCGAAAACGACGGAGUUCCUGGUUCAAUGUUUCUCAGUGACCCAGAGAACUAUACUGUAGAUCAAUUGAAACGCUGGCUUAAAUGUAGAGGUUUAAAAUUAUCGGGGAAGCGCGGUGACUUGUUAUCGCGUGUGAGAGCAUGUAUUAUAAACGGCGACCACGAUGUGUUGGAUCCAAGUAUUGAUGGAGGCAAAUGGUUUCAAGAAAAAGAACAAUUGACUUUCGAUGAUAAAGAAAACAAGCCGCUCAAUAUCAAAGUACCUGAGAUACCGUCAACUGGUUGGAAGAAGUACCCGAGUCGCGACAUUCCUUCGCAGUUCAACUACGGCCAUAUCCACUAUUAUGGCUUGGAAUCGCUUCCAGCGAGAACUCAUUUGUCAAACGAUUCAGACUCAGACGAAAGUGAUAGUGGACUAGGACAUAUGACCGACAAGCCAUUUAAAAACGGACGAAAAUACGUUGACUCUGACUUUGUGCACGAUAUGACGGACAACAAAACGAAUGAUUAUUAUUAUUUGCGGGCACAUGUAUGGCCUUCGAUGAAGACUGAGCUCCCUCACAAUGUUUUAGUUAUUUUGUCAGCCCAUAGUGGUGCCGUGAUCCAUGCUUCGUGUGAGCCUUGCAAAGCAGCGGCUCUUGGCCGAUGUAGCCAUGUAAUCGCCGUAUUACUGAAGUUAUUAGACUAUGUAAAGGAACAUGGCCACGUGGUAUCUACGCCAUGCACUAGCCAAGAUUGUGCUUGGAACAAAGGCAAAAAAAGAAAAAAAAAUCCAAAAAGAAUAUCGGAUGCUCUCUACCCGAACAAGAAAAGAAAAGCUAGCUUGAAAGUUAUAGACUUUGAUCCUCGACCUCCAGAAUAUCGACAAGUUAAAACAACACNCAUAGUUUUGACAUAUAAGCGUGAGUGA